AUGGUGAAAAUAGACAACAAGAAGCAGUUCAAAGGAAAGAAGAAGGUUAAGAAUGUGUUAGAGAAAAAGGCGAAAGGAUUAAAGCUUAAUAAAGUAGAUAGAAAACGGAUUGUUAAGAUCGAAGAGAAAGCAGCAUUGAAGACAAAAGUUGAUAAAGCAGUCAAAGAAGAAUUGGAACGACUUAAGAAAUCAUCUACAUCUGUUUUCGACAACGAUGGAACUCGUGAAUCUUUAUGUUCAGAAUCAAGCUUCGGGAGCCAACCAGCGCCUAAAAGACAGUCUAAAAAAGUUUCGUUUUCUGGUAAAUUGGAACACACAAAAGUUUUCGAUAAACGUGUCAAAGAUUUGCAAAUCAAACCUUCAGAAGCAUCACCUGGAAGAGGUAUUCUCCGAACACCAAACUCUGCCAAGAAAGUUGUGAAGGUUUGUUUCGUAAUAUUUGAACUUUAAAUUAAUUUAUGCUUUUUCAGAGAACCGUGAAACACGUAGCAACUGAUGAUGUCGAAGAAACUCAAAACAACUCCACUCCAGUUGCUCCACCAAAAAAGAAGGUUAAGGCAGUUUUCAAAGAGCCUAAACAGCCAGAAAACAACGAAGAAGAACAGAAUGAAGAUGCAGAAAAUGUGGAAGAAAACGUUGGAGAAGAAGAAGUUGCUCCUGUUUUCAAAAAAAGAGCACCGAUAAAAGUGACAAAAUCUGUCAAAGAAAAACUUUUGACAAUGGAUCGCAAGGAACGAAAAGCAUUCUUGAGAGAAUUAAAACUCAAAAGAAAACCAGAAGGAGAAAGAGCUCAAAAAUGCAAGGAACUUUGGGAAAAAAUCAGAAGCUCAAAAACUCCAAUUGCUGAAAAAGAUGAAGCUGUUCACAAAUUGUAUGGAUUGGUGAAAGGACACGCGGCUAAAUUGAUUUAUGCUCACGAUACAAGUCGGGUUAUUGAAUGUUUGGUUGGAACUGAAAGAGAGGGAAUUAUCAAUAAUUGUAAGUUUGAAUACAUUUAUUAGUUGAAUUUCUCAUAAUUUCAGUAUUCAACGAGUUGACACCAGAAAUCGUUCGUAUGUCUAAAAAUGUUUAUUCAAAGUUUUUCGUCAAGAAAAUGCUCAAAAAUGGAAGUAAAGAACAAAGAGAAAUCAUUAUCAACGCUUUCAGAGGACAUGCUCCAACACUUUUGAGAAUUACUCAUGCUGCUGAAGUUCUCGAAUAUGCAUAUAAUGAUUUCGCGAACGCUCAUCAACGUUUCAAUAUCAUUUCAGAAUUUUACGGCAAAGAAUUUAUUUUGUUCAGAGUAAGUUGAUUUCAAGUUUUUGAGAAUAAUUUAUAAAUUGUCAUCUUUCAGUCUGAUAAAAUUAAAAGUUUGACUGAAAUCCUCAAAGAAGAACCAGGAAAGAAAAAUGUUAUCCUUCAACACUUGGAAGAAAUUAUUGAAGCCGUCAAUGGAAAGUGAGUUUUCCUAAAUAAAACAAAACAGUUUUCAUAAUUAUUUCUAGAGAAACAUUGCGUCUUUCAAUUUUGCAUAAACUUAUGCUCGAUUUCUUCGAGAAUUGUGACGAAGAGAAGAAAACCAACCUGUUGGAUUCAUUGAAAGAUAAAAUUCCGGAGUUCAUUCACACACCAGAUGGAGCUAAAUUGGCUGUAAAACUUAUCUGGUUCGCUCCAGCUAAAGAAAGAAAGGUGAUAACUGAAAGUAGAAAAAAUCCAAACAAAAUAUAUUUUACAGUUGAUUGUGAAAAACUUCAAAGAUUUAUCAGUGAAAGCUGCGAUGGAGCAUUUCGGACACAGAGUUCUUCUUGCUAUUUUCGAUUCAGUUGAUGACACCGUUUUGGUUAAUAAAUUUAUUGUAUCGGUAAGAAAGUUUUAAUUUAUUCAUCAUUAUCAAACAUAACAUUUUUCUAGGAAUUAUCAAAUGAAAUCAAAAAGCUUGUUGAAGAUGAAUGGGGAGAAAAAGUAGUCCAUUAUUUGGUUCAUCCAAGAGAUGGUCGAGGAAUUGACAAAGGAGAAAUUGAUUUGUUGAAAGAAGGAGAUUCAAAUGAACAUUCCAAAAAACCAAAAGAAGAUAGAUAUGCACAAUUGUAUGCCGCAUUGACUGAAUCAUUAUAUUGUUAUUUGGCUGCAAAUAUUGCUGAAUUGAUUCUUGAGGCUAAUAAGAGUAGAUUUGUUGCUGCUUGUUUGGAAACCACUUGUAAGUCAUGUCAUUAACAAUUUAUAAAAUAUAUUUUUUUGCAGCUCAAUACGAUUUAUUCGACCGAAAAGUUCCAUCCGACGCCAGAAAAUCAUGCAAUAAAGCAAUUGCUGAAAUUGCAAGCAAAGAUUUCGUUCCAAUGGAUCAAGAAGGGUUCCAUAUCAUUGAGCACCAAUCGGGUAAUUUUGUUUUGAAUGCAAUCAUGAGAUGUGAUCCAAAUCUACCGGAAGAUGAGCGUUUAUCAACAGAAAUAGUUCAAGCUGUCUCAAAACAACAACUUGGAACAUGGAUUACUUGUAAUAAGGUAGUUUUUGAAUGAAAAAAACGAAUUUUUCUGAAAUAAUAAUAAUUUCAGGGUUGCCAUGUUCUUUUGAAAAUCCUUCAAGUUGGCUCAAAAUCAACAAUCGAAAAAGUGAGACAAGCAAUCAAUCGAAAACAUCUCGAUGGUUAUUCAUCAAAAGGCGCCAAUCUCCUCAAACAACAUCUCGAUUCAUUGCCAAAAUCCAAGUAA